AUGACUGUAUCCACAAUUUUGGUGAUUGGCGGCACUGGCGCCCAAGGCAUGCCUGUUGUUCGAGGAUUUGUUUUUGAUGGCCGUUACGCUGUCAAGGUUCUGGCACGAGACACACAAUCUCCUCGCGCUCAAAUACUUGCGUCCAUAAGUCCAAAAGUCGAAAUACUCGAGGGAGCCUUCACAUCCGAAGUCGACCUCAUCAAUGGUCUACAAGACUCUCAAGGAUCAUUUCUCAACAUCGAUGGCUUCACCAUUGGCGAAAAGGCAAAAAUGAUGGCCUUCUACAACAUGACUAUGGCGACCUUUACGAUGGGGACAUAUAUCGAGAUGGCUAUUAGUGGUGGAAAUCCCAUGGCGCCGCAAGUCGUGAUACAAAAAGGCGAAGAGGUUGUGAUCUGGCGGGUACCACUGACGCAACCAGGUGCUGUGGUACAUGUCUCACUUGAGGGCUGCGCAUACUCUUGGCACUGGCUGUUUGACCAUCCUCAGCGUGACGGUAUAGAUCUGGAAGUGGCGAGUGAAUGCCUGCGAUUCUUCGACGUAACUCUAGAGCAAUACUGGAUAGAUGGACCUAUGAGUAAGAGAGCGUCACCCGCCGCUGGGAUAGAAGCAGAUGUGGGUGAGUCUGAUACUUUGACUGUGAAGGAGGACUUCACUGGCUUUUGGAACAUGUGGCGGGAUUCUGGUGGAAAUGCUGGUGUGAUCAAACGAGACUAUGAGCUACUGGAUAAGAUCCAUCCGAACAGAAUUAGGAGUGUUGAGCGGUUCUUUCGUUUGGCGAAUGAGAGGUAG